AUGGCCAUUCAAGCGCACUGGUAUCCAAAUAAUUCUGCUUCUCCAUUCUUGAACAAUGGUUAUUGUUCUGCUGGCUUCAUUGACUCUGGCAUCAGUUUUCAGCAGAAACAUCAUCAUCAACAACAACAGCUAGCACAACAGCAUUUGAGAGAGUUAUGCGAUGGGAGUCAGGGAACUGUUGAUCCAAAUCUUUCAAAAGCGUUGAAUUCUCCUAUGCUCGCUAUUCAGUUUGAGAAACAAUGGGAAGAGAUUGAUCAGUACAUCAAAUCUGAGGAUGAGAAAUUGAGAUAUAUGAUACAAGAGCAUGGGAAACAGCAGGUAAUAGCAUUGCUGAAGAAACUGGAAAUUCGUUCACUUCAUAUCCUGAGGGAAAAAGAUGAAGAAAUUGCGCUAGCCAUGAAGAAAAGGUUGGAGUUGGAAGAGUACUUAAGAAGGCUAGAGGCGGAAAACAGCAAGUGGCAGAGGUUGGCUCAGGAGAAGGAAACCAUGGCAUUGUCCCUGUACAAAACUCUGGAGGAAAUGGCAGAAGGUGGCAAUUUUUUAAACACUGGGGCAGUGGUAAAUGAUGCAGUGUCCUGUUGUGGCGAAACUGGGGGAAUAGAAGAGAUGGAAGAAGAAGCAACAGCAGAAAAAGGUUUAGAAUGUGGUGGAGUGAGUGAGCUUGAACAGAUUACGAGAAGAGGAGGGGUAAUGCUUUGUAAAAGCUGUCAUUCUAGGAGCUCGUGCUUUCUUUUCCUCCCAUGCAGGCACCUUUCUUCCUGCAAAGUUUGUAACGCUUCCCUCGAGGCUUGCCCCGUUUGCAGAACACCAAAGAAGGCUACCAUUGAGUUGAGACUCUGA